AGCUUCUCAGGGUUUAAGCCUCUCCUCUCUCACUCUCUAGGGUUCCGGCCAUGGAGUACGUGAAUCCUCUCACCGGAUUUCGCUUAGAUGGCCGACGCCCCAACGAAAUGCGGCAAAUCCGCGGGGAAAUCGGUGUUGUUGCCAAGGCUGAUGGCUCCGCUCUCUUUGAAAUGGGAAAUACAAAGGUCAUCGCUGCUGUGUAUGGACCUAGAGAGGUGCAGAAUAAGGGCCAACAAAUGGACGGUCAGGCAUUGGUGCGUUGUGAGUAUAGCAUGGCUAACUUCAGCACAGGUGAUCGUGCCAGGAAAUCCAAGGGUGACAGGAGAUCCACAGAAAUAUCUUUAGUUAUUAGGCAGACGAUGGAAGCAAGUAUAUUAACACAUUUGAUGCCGCGUUCUCAGAUUGAUAUAUUUCUUCAAGUACUUCAGGCCGAUGGUGGAACGAGGUCGUCAUGUAUCAACGCUGCAACUUUAGCAUUAGCUGAUGCUGGGAUUCCAAUGCGUGAUCUUGUCACGUCUUGUAGUGCUGGAUAUCUGUGUAGCACUCCUUUACUGGAUUUAAACUAUGUUGAAGAUAGCGCUGGAGGUCCAGAUGUCACCGUGGGCACAUUAGUAAAGAUGGAUAAAGUGACUCUGCUUCAGAUGGAUGCGAAAUUACCAGUAGAUAUGUUUACAGAUGUGUUGCAACUUGCCAUAGAAGGAUGCAAAGCAAUAGCAAAUUAUAUUCGGGAAGUUCUUUUGGAGAACACAAAGAAACUUGAAUGUAUGAGGGGAAGUUAGAAUAAAGGCAAAGAUGGAAGGUAUAUCAUCAUUUUCUUAGAUUUUUUGUUGUCAUUUUACAAUUUUGUUAUGCUCAAUUGCCACUCUUGUGGAAUGUGAAUUUUUCGAGGUAUUAUAAAAUAUUAUAACUAUCGUGUUAUGGGUGAAAGAAUGCGAUGACAGAGCAGUUUAAUA